CCGUCCCCGUCAUCUGUCGGUUCCAUCCACCACCAAAAUUUUCCAAACAAAAAAAACCCUCAACACGCUCAGGACAACCGAAAAAACUUGUCGUCCCAACUCCUUCUUUUCUGUGCAAACCAACCUUUGGCUCAUUUGAUUGUGCAGCAGUCAGAGCAGCUUCAUCAGAUUAGUCUGAUCUUGUUCUGGUGGUUGAUCUAGCGACCUACCAAAACAAUCGCAUACUGUUUCCGGACGACGAGGACAAAGUCCCGCAUCCUUGGGUCACCAUUCGCACCACCUUAACCGACGACCAUUGUUCCUCGAUCGUUAUCCGAUUCCCUCAAAACCGCUCGUAACAACGAAUAAUCACCUCCUCGACCUCACAUACUAUUAUAUCUUCCGAACUGCUGCGAUAAACAGUAGAAUCGCAUUCGACUUUCGAGUUUCUCAGGUCGAAAGACCCACUUGAUAUUCUACCCGACACUCCAAACCACCAAGUUGGCUUCACUCGCAGCUGACGCUACCUCACCCACCUGUUCACUCCGAGGUCCUGGUUUCUGGGUCUACAGCGGAGUGCACAAGAAACCUCCGUAAUCGGGUUUCAAUAUCAAAACAGAAAUAAUUGGAAUAAAACAUCACAUCUUCAGCAUUCUUGCGCGUUAACGCUGUCUCCUCAGCGUGUACGCAUCUUCUAGGGACUGGCACGACCACAGCCACCCUGGAAGCUCGCUACUCUUUCAGCGCACACCGCGCCGGCCGCGCGGAGUGCGAUUCGGCUACGGUCUACAUUGAAUACGCAUCAGUUAUGGGUAUCGCCGCCUGAUUCAAGAGUUGCGGAGGCCUUCGAAGAGGAACGGGUUUGAGACUUACAACCCAUUCCACCAAACGAGCUACCCACACAAGCGAGUCAAUACUUUCGUUGGCUGUGAAACCAAGCAAUAUCGUCAGCUCCCAGCACCAAAGCUCAACAUGUCUGAUCACGAGGAGAACAUCUCUGAGGGCGGCUUCAAGACGCCGAUCCCUGAGCUCGACGACCACCGCCAUCAGGUUGCCACUAGCCCUCACCCAGAGCGGCCCCGAAGAGGCACUUUCGACACCCUGUAUGGAGCGCGCCUCCUUGGGCCCGACUCGGUUUCUGGUGAGCGGUCGCCAAGUAUUAGGGUUCGGGAUUUUGAAGAGGCAAUUGUCGAUGAUGAGGGAGGUGACGUUUCGCCGCAUGCGCGGCGGGUUCGUCGGCCGACCGUCGAGACGGUCACCGACCAGAGAUCCAUCUCCCCGCCCAACUCGGUCAAAGCCUUCGCUGAAGCGCGCCGUCGCGAGCGUGGCAUGUCCUUCUCUGAGUCCAAGGCUGAGCGGAAGGGUAGCGAGGAGAACCUGCAUCGCGCAGGCUCAAUCAGCAGCCGCCGUAGCCACCGCAGUCGGCCUUUCACGGUCGAUGACGGCGCCAGCUUAGCCACCAACCAGUCGGCAGAGGAAGACGUCUGUUUCCCUCUACAAGAUCCCCGGCGCAAGGACCAGCUGUACAUCGACUUCGACUACUUGGAGAAUUUCGUCCAGUCUGACCAGGCAUCGCGAACGGCUAGUCGCCGCGAUUCUCUCCGUGCCUUCCCGGACCUACGACAGACACAGUCGUCUGAGGGUCAGCCUCAGCUGCAACUCAGCACUGUUGAUGGAGAUAUUGUCAACAUGCCCUCUGACACCUCUGAUGAGCAGGAGAUCUCGGAGAAGGAGCAUGCCGCUGAAGAUGCUAAGAACAAGCCUGCAGCUACCCAGCAGCCUCUGGACCCCAACCGGUUCAGCUUCUUUUCUUCAGCUUGGGAAUCUACGAUCCACGCAGCAGAACUCGGGGACUUGGUUCUUCCCGGCGAAGAUCUUCGGGGCCUUUUCACGCUCCCUGCAGAUGAGUCCGAUGGAGUUUGGUGGUUGAACGUCAACAGCCCUACCAAGGAGGAGGUUACCGCCAUCUGCAAAGCAUUCGGUAUUCACCCUUUGACGAUUGAGGAUAUUACGACGCAAGAAGCGCGGGAGAAGAUUGAGCUGUUUCCCUCGUACUACUUCGCAAGCUUUCGAUCUUUUACCCCGGUACAAGAAGACGACGGCUUGGAGUAUGAGCCGUACAACCUCUACGUCGUUGUCUUUCGCGAGGGUACUCUGAGCUUCAGUUUCGAGCCCAAUGCGCAUGCCUCUCACGUGCGCAAGCGCAUUGCCCUGCUUAGAGACUACGUUGCGCUGAGCAGCGACUGGAUUUGCUAUGCUCUGAUUGACGAUAUCGUGGAUUGCUUUGCUCCAGUCAUCCGCGACAUUGAGUUAGAGGCUGACGCCAUUGAGGAUGGCGUCUUCGUCGCCCGCGAGGAUGAUUCGAACCAGUUCCUGCGGUCCAUUGGCCGAGUGCGCAAGAACACCAUGGCUCUCAUGCGCCUUCUUGGAGGCAAAGCUGAUGUCCUGCGAGGCUUUACCAAGCGUUGCAACGAGAACUACAAGGUUACACCUCGUAUGGACAUUGGACUUUAUCUCGGCGAUAUACAGGAUCACGUCGUCACCAUGGUCACCAACCUUGGCCACUUUGAAAAGAUCCUGUCUCGCUCCCACAGUAACUACUUGGCUCAGCUUUCCAUCAACAGCAUCUCUCAGGGUACACACACGAACUUAGUACUCAGCAAGAUCACGUUUCUCGCGUCCAUUCUUGUUCCGCUCAACCUCGUUUGUGGACUGUUCGGCAUGAACGUUCCGGUUCCCUUUGCGGACACUUCUCUUGUUCCGUUCUUUGUCAUCCUUGGAAGCUUGAUACUCUUCAGCGUUGUGAGCAUGACCUUGGCUCGCAAGUACAAGUACAUCUGAAGAAUACAUCGGGGCGCCGUUGUCAACGUUGCGACUUGAGUUCCUUCCAUGUCGUUAUACUAGUAGGGCACGAAGCAUGACUGUGAUUGCUUGUGCAAGCAACAAAGCAAGCAAUGGGAUUGGACCAUGGUACUUUUGGGUCAAUUAAUCGAUUUUAGUUUAGUCUUGGUAGAUACAAGAG